AUGUAUACGUCUUCUUUCUUUCUUUUCUUUUCUUGUUUUAUUUUAUUUUUAUUUUUUCUAAUUCUUUGUUUACUUCCUUUUCUUCUAUUUCUUUUUACUUUUCUUCUGAUUAUUUUCUUUUUCUUUUUCUACUUCGAAUAUUUUCUUCAUCUGUUUAUUUUCUUCACAAAAAAUUUCUUUAACAACUUUUCUCUCUCUCCUUUCUUUUUUGAAUUCUCUUUUAUACUUUUUUUACUUCCUCUUCUUCUUUUUUUCUUCUUCUUCUUCUUCUUCUUCUUCUUCUUAUUAUUAUUAUUAUUAUUAUUAUUAUUAUUAUUAUUCCGCUCUUAUAUUCUUUUUCUUCUUCUUCUUUUAUUAUUAUUAUUAUCAUUAUUAUUAUUAUUAUUAUUAUUAUUAUUAUUAUUAUUAUUAUUAUUAUACCGCUCUUCUUCUUUUUCUUUGUCUUUUUUUACUUCAAAGAUUUACCUCGUCUGCUUUCCUCUUUUACAUUUCUUUUUCUUUUUUUCUUACGUUUCUACUACUUGUUUUUCUUCUACUUCUUUCUCUCCUUAUUUCUUCUUCUUCUUCUUCUUCUUCUUCUUCUUUCUUCUUUUCCUUCUUCUUCUUCUUCUUCUUCUUCUUCUUCUUCUUAUUAUUAUUAUUAUUAUUAUUAUUAUUAUUAUUAUUAUACCACCUGUUCUUAUUCUUCUUUUCAUGUUCUUUAUUUUUUCAUUUUUCAUCUUUUUAUUCAUUCUCAUUCUUUUCUUGCUCAUUCUCCUCCUUCGUUAUCCUCCUUUCAUCAUUUCAUCUUCAUCAUUUCUUCUUUUCUUCAUUUUUAUUCCUUUCCUUUUUAUCCUUCUCUUUCUUCUCUUUCUUCCCUUCUUUCUUCCUUCUGUUUUUUCUUCUUCUUUAUUCCUCUUUUCCUUCACUCUCACCUAUUUCCACUUCCUUCUCUUUAUCCUCUUAUUCCUCACCCUUCUUCUUCUUCUUCUUCUUCUUCUUCUAUAUAUAUUUCUCUUUCUUUUUCAUCCUUCUCUACCAUUUUACUUUAAUUCUUUUUCCCUUCUCAUUCAGUCUUUAUUGAUUAUGUAUUUUUUAGAAAGUUUUUCUUUCUUUCUUUCUUUCUUUCUUUCUUUCUUUCUUUCUUUCUUUCUUUCUUUUACUUACGUUCCUAUCGCCCUUCUUUCAUUUUCCUCAUCUGCACUCCUCUAA